AUGGCGGUGCGAGGAGUGUGGCAGCUCCGACGGCUUGUCGUCAACCACUGUGACUUCUCCGGCAGUAGCCGCGGCGCGAGGGAAUUUGUGGCAUCCCUCCUGCCGCAAUUCAAAGAGGGCAAUCCGCAGCUGGCAGUAGAGACCGUUGUUAACAGGGGCAAGCACCCAAACCUGCAUGCGCAAUACGUGAACGGGAGGGAGAGGGUGGUGGAUGUGAAGAAUCAGGAGGCAGAGACCAUUCUCAUCCAGGCUUUAAGGCUGCGGAACUCCACGGGGCGAAAGGUGGUCAAGUUGAAGUCGCGGCACGAAUCAACACGGCCCAGCAUCCAAGGCAUGUGGACUCCGGAGCUUCAGGCGCAGCUGAGAUCACAAGCAACAACAUAA